AUGCGUCGGUGGGAAAAAGAGGUGCUGAGAACCAUUCGCGCCGAGACGUCCAAGUCUCUAUCAACUCCCGGAACGUCCUUCGAGCGCGAGAACGCGACACGUAGUGGGGGCGACCAAGAACUGGCGCGCGCUCUACACCAGCUUUCUGUGCAGCAUGCCGUCGAUGGAUACACCCAACCCUCACCUGAGUACGGGGGUAAGAACUCCGGGAAUGGUGAGGAGGGGAAAGGGCCAGAGGUGGCCCCGGCUCCGGGGGGCGACGGGGGAGCGGGAGUGCAAGGAGAGCCAGCGGUGUGCGGAGGCUCAGCCGAAGCAACGGUGCAAUUGUUCCGACCUUUUCUCGUUGGUGACGGUGAGGCGGAGACGGACCGAACAACAACACAGCAGUUUCAGCGUAAAACGGCGAGCGCGGGAGGGGUUGAAGCGGCACGUGGUAGUAGCGUGGUACGGUUGGCGGGGAGCACGAAAUCGGGGGCCGCGCGGACCGAGGUGGGGGGUGCCACGGCAGGUGGGUGCACAAGAGCACCGGCAGCGAGCGAGGAAAAGUCACAAGCCGAGGAAGCGGAAAAAGGCGACGAGGCUAUCAAGAACAUGGUGGAGAAGUUGCUCCGAACGUCCAGCUCUGUGGCGCUUGCGGUGGCCAGGCCCUUGAGUAUCAAGCCGCCACCGGUUUUGGAGGCGGAAGAGGAUCCGCAUCAGGAACCGUUCGAAACAUACGUUCCUGAUGGUAGUGGUGUUGAUGUUGGCGGUGGCGGUGGCAGAGUAGCAGCUGUUACGGCAUCGUGUUUGAGCCCGAACGUCAACGGCGUGGGACGCAAGGGUACCAAUCGACGGGAAUCAGGGGAAGCAACAGGGGGAGGAAUCCUUGAUCUCCAGGCCGUUACCGAAGCGGCUGGGCGCUUGAAUGGGACCGGUAGGCAUAGCCCGUCUUUGGUAAAUCGGAUGCCCAAUAACCCUCGAAAUCGCUUCGCGCCCAUGGCGGAGAGCGAGGUAGCAAGGUUUCUCAAGCAAGGGAACGACCGGUACCUCUCCAGUGCCGCAGGGGGCGGCGCGGGGGGAGGACACGAGAUCAUCGGCUUGAAUGAGGACCAUGGCACCACUGCCGCUGCCGCUGCCGCUGCCGCUGCCGCUGCCACCGCCGGGGGCCCCGGCACCGGAAUCGGUAGGCGGUUGCUGGUGGUCGGGGAAAGUACCGGGCGAGACGGAGAUGGUGCUCGUACAGUAUUGGUGUCAGCAAGUGAGGAUGCACGACUUUUCCGACCAAGUGCUACCCCACUUGACGGGUGGCAGACGAACUAAUUUUCGACGACGGGGAACGAGCGAAGAGAGCGGUCGUAGCCUUCCUAAGCCCUAUGCAGGAGGGAGGCGUAGGGGCGCGUUCGGUCGUAGCCAUUUUGAAAGCUAAGUGGGUCCGCGUAGGAAUCUAUUCUGGUUCGGUCGUAUAACGAUUUUUAACACUUCGUGGGUCCGCGUUUCCGGCGACCAUCAGGCCGAGCUACACCCUUUCGCUUCGCUCUCUGCUUGAAGGCACGCUGGCUUUAGGCUUGUUCGGCUGUUGUUGUUGUUGUUGUUGUUGUCUUCACAUUAAACCGAAUGUCAGUUGCCAAAUGCCAAAAUCUAGCAAAAGACUCUCAGCCCGUGGUCACGAAAGUGCUAGAGCCAUCUGAGGAUCUAAAGAACACGCACACAUAAAACGAGAAAAAGGUAUCCAAGAGCCCGAAGAGGUACACCUAAAAAUCCCUGCAGCACCGUAUGCGUGCCCAAAAACUGAACUGCACGUCCGUCCCACCGUUCGACUACAGUAGCAUCACCCCCUCCCUGUCCCACUCCAUACCAAAACGGAAGAUUGCCGACUACAGCAUACUGCUGUCUGAAGUGCUGUCUG